ACUUAAUGUUUUCUGACGUUUCGUGCUGCACUAGGUUGCACUUGUGCCCAAACUUGUUCGACAGAGGCAAGUGGAUAAUAUCAUAAUGCAGACACCACGGGACGAAGUAAAGUAAUUGACGGGCUGCUCUAGAAAAUGGUUUGAUUUUUCUCGUCAUUACGUUUGUGCUUCGACCGAUCUCGUCUUGAUGCCACCAGUUCCUGAAAGUCUGACAUUCCAUUCUCGAUCUUGACUGUAACAGACCUUAAAAAGCGAAUGUUGUUUUAGACUUGAUUCCCGUAGUUCGUGGUCGUGUAGUUGCAUCAGUGGUUGUUAGACAUGUGUGACAACAUUCAGUUAUUGUGUGGACUCUGCCGGAUCGGCGCCUACACGGUAUAUCGCCGACUGUGUUGCAAGAGCAGCCCAGAGACAAAACCCAACUUCAAUGUGCUCUGCAUCGGGUUGACAGGGGCUGGGAAGAGUGCCCUGCUGGCUCUACUCAGUGGGGAUGAGUUCCACAACAUCCCACCAACCGUGGGUUUCAGUAUCAAAGCACUCAUAUUUGAAGACUGCAUAUUGGACGUAAAAGAACUGGGAGGAGGAGAGAAUGUCCGUCCAUACUGGGACCGCUACUUUGAAGGCAGCCAAGGAAUAAUCUUUGUAGUGGACAGUGCAAGCACGGAGGAGGACUUCGCUACAGCUAAGUCUGAGCUGAACAAGGCGUUGUCCAGCCAGUUCCUGCGAGGACUGCCACUGCUGGUACUAGCCAACCACCAGGAUGUAGAAGGAGCCAAGUCUGAUGCAGAGAUUGCACUGUUCCUGGAGCUGUCCACCGAGACCGGCAGGAGGCAGUGGAUGAUCCAAGCUUGCUCAGUCGUCAACAAGUUGCAGGUGGAAGCAGGAUUUGCUAAUUUAAGGAAAGUGCUUCUGGGAGGAAAAGUAACUGCACCCGAAAAUGGUGCUUCAGACAUGAACCGAAUUUAGUCCUGAGACAAUCACCAUGGUAACCAUCGCUAGACAAGGUUCACUCUCAGACUUGUGACUUGUCGUAUCUAUGCAAAUAAGAACCUCAUGGAAUGGCAACAUGCUCGAAGAUUUUCUUGAAAUAUAAGUAGAGAAAUGAGACGAGAGAAGAGUUCUUUAAACCAGUUGUUUUCAUGGGAGUUUUGAUUUUGCCUUGAUUUGUGUCAUAAGUACUUGUAAGGCAUGAAUAUUUUCAAAAGACUAUUGAGUUUUUGUAUUCGUUAGUUGUUGUUUUUUUCAUUUGACAGUUAAGCUCUGCUUUUUUAAAAGUUUAUAAAACCUCAAUUUGCUUUUCUUGUAACUAGUCACACUAAAUCAUGCACAUUCAUUUUCUGACAUCUGAUGUAUUUUUCAUGAUAAUCAAAUGUCAGUUUACUUGAUUAUUUCAAAAUAAUGAAGUCUUUAGCUGAUUAGCUCUACUGGUAUGUUACUUUGAGACACCUGUUUUGAACAGGUAACAGGUUGACAUAUAGUCAGCACAAAGCCAAACCUGUAGUAUUUAGCAGCAGUUUUCAACACUUGAGCAGUGUAUUCUUCACUUGCUGUAGGGCACCUUGUGCUAGUCGUUAAACUGACAGGUGAUACAUUAUAUUGCAUCAAGUGAGGAUUUUUUGUUUUAUGUAUUUAUUUAUUUUUUAUAUGUUUAGGACAAUUUACUUUUCCAAUUUCUAAUUUUGCCAAUCUCCACUAAACACAUUCUCAAAAGUGUAAAUAGCGUCAGUGGAGAAAAACUGCAUCAUACAUUAGGCGUAAGACAUUAUAUAAUAUUCAUGUUUCAAACCUCAUGAAUUUAUUCUUCAAUUAUCAAAAGAAAUAAUCGAUGUAAAUAAACAACUACUUAUA